CCUCGAGCAGGGUGCUAGGGCUGCUUCUUGUAUAGCUAUAUAUACAAAGAAACUUGCCGAUUCCCAUACUGCCUCUCAAGCUAACAGAUUUUCAGCAUCUUCCACGCCGUCGGAGCCGAUUAUCCUUAGCUGCUCUUUUUCGGCAAUUACUACUUUUCGUAGCAAUGGCUGAUGGUCAUGAGACUGAUAAAAAUAUUGAGAUAUGGAAGAUCAAGAAGCUGAUUAAAGCACUUGAAGCUGCUAGAGGUAAUGGCACCAGCAUGAUAUCUCUCAUAAUGCCACCACGUGAUCAGAUAUCGAGGGUUACCAAGAUGCUGGGAGAUGAAUUUGGAACUGCUUCAAACAUCAAAAGCAGAGUUAACCGUCAAUCUGUGUUAGGUGCAAUCACUUCUGCUCAGCAGAGGCUCAAACUUUAUAGUAAGGUUCCACCCAAUGGGCUUGUGCUCUACACAGGAACAAUUGUGACUGAAGAUGGGAAGGAGAAGAAAGUCACAAUUGAUUUUGAGCCUUUCAGGCCUAUAAAUGCAUCUCUCUAUCUGUGUGACAACAAGUUUCACACAGAGGCGCUGAAUGAACUUUUGGAAUCAGAUGAUAAGUUUGGUUUUAUUGUGAUGGAUGGCAAUGGGACUCUUUUUGGGACGUUAAGUGGUAAUUCCAGAGAGGUGCUUCAUAAGUUCAGUGUUGAUCUUCCAAAGAAGCAUGGGAGAGGAGGACAAUCGGCCCUUCGUUUUGCUCGACUUCGAAUGGAAAAGCGCCACAACUAUGUGAGGAAGACUGCUGAACUUGCCACACAAUUUUUUAUCAAUCCUGCCACCAGCCAGCCUAAUGUUGCUGGAUUAAUACUGGCUGGAUCAGCUGAUUUCAAAACUGAGCUGAGUCAAUCAGAUAUGUUUGAUCAGCGGCUUCAGGCUAAGAUUCUGAAUGUGGUUGAUGUCUCUUAUGGAGGAGAGAAUGGUUUCAACCAGGCAAUUGAGCUUUCCUCAGAAAUCCUGUCGAAUGUGAAAUUCAUACAGGAGAAGCGCUUAAUAGGGAAAUACUUUGAGGAGAUCAGUCAAGAUACUGGGAAGUAUGUUUUCGGAGUGGAUGACACAUUGAAGGCCUUGGAGAUGGGAGCUGUUGAGAUACUUAUUGUGUGGGAAAAUAUGGACAUUAAUAGGUAUGUGCUGAAGAACAGCGUUACUGGUGAAGUUGUCAUAAAACAUUUGAACAAGGAGCAGGAAGCUAAUGUGAGCAACUUCCGUGAUGCAGCCAGCUCUGCUGAUAUGGAGGUUCAGGAGAAGAUGCCGCUUUUAGAGUGGUUUGCUAAUGAAUACAAGCGGUUUGGUUGUAGUCUUGAGUUUGUUACCAACAAAUCACAGGAGGGUUCUCAAUUCUGCCGCGGGUUUGGUGGUAUUGGAGGCAUCCUUCGAUAUCAGCUUGACAUGAGAUCAUUUGAUGAGCUUUCUGAUGAUGGAGAAGUCUAUGAUGAUUCUGAAUAGCAAUCAAUCAACUCUGCCCCAUUAAUGGUGCAGGAUGAUGGGGUCAAAAGCAAAGCCUGCACCGGCGCCCGAGCUGUCGCGCAUACUGCUGCUGCUCACAAUGCCCCAAAAUUUUCCCAUGCAUCUAAUUAAGGCUUUAUGUGGUGAUGUUGCGUGAACUGAAUGAUGGAGCAGCUAAAAUGUGAAGGCGUAGCUGGGAAGAUUCUUCAAAUUUGUAGGGAAUUCAUGGAGCUUCCUUUUUAUUUUCUUGGACCAGGGCCUUGCAUAUGUUAAAAUCUGGAACUUCUGAUUCAUAUGUCUGCGGUUUGACGUUGCCUUGUUUUCAAGACUCUGGUUGUAUGGAGCUAUUAAUGUUUGUUUCUUCUACUUUAUAGAAAUUAGGAUACUGCUAUGCCCUAGUUGGCUUUGGUUGGAAAGCUAUGGUUUGUCUUAUUUUAUGCUGUUGAUACUUUAAUCUCAUGGACGUUAUUAUGUGUGCUUGCCUGGAUAUAAACUUAUAUGUAAGCAAUCUUUUGAAUUUAUAAGAUACCUAUAAAAGUUGUAAUAUGGUAA